UCGUGUAUAUUGCUCAGGACGGAAUUCGGCUUGUUUGACGUCUGCCGGAGGAUUAAGGGGCAAUAUAUGUCAUAAUUGGGAUCGAGUAUCCCCGUUAUAGAUUAUCUUCUCGGAAAUUAUAGCAAUUUGAUGGUAUUUUGGACUGUUGUGCUUGCGGUGUUUUUAAGAUGCACGCUAUGGAAGAUCCGCGCCAGUUGGAUGAAUCGGAAGUUGAUAUGAUGCGGCAGGUGCUAUUGAACAUGUACAAUUCCUCGGACGGUUACUUUGACAUCGACACCCCCGAGGAUAUGGAACCAGAAAGUGUUCGAAACGUCGCCAUUGCCAUAAUUGGUGUUCUCUCCAUUGCCGGAAUCAUUGGUAACUCGUUGGUCCUGUACGUGUUUACCAGACAGAAGCAAAAGCUCAGUUCCACCAUCUUUAUAUUGACCCUCGCAGGAACAGAUCUGAUAACGUCAAUGGUGACCAUGCCUUACACGAUUGCUCUCGAGUGUCUCAGAUAUAACGUCGGCCACGAUGCCAUAUGUAAGAUCUAUCACAUAUUGACGACAACGACCAUACCGUUCUCUGCAUCAGUCAUGGUUGCCAUCGCCGUGGAUAGAUACUUAUGUAUUGUGCAUCCAUUCAAAAACGCCAUGACAAUAAGGCGAGCAAAGAUAUCAGUGGUAGUGUUGGCCAUUGGAUCUGUCUGUCUCGGAAUGCCCCUUUCAUUGAGUUACGGGGUUUACAAACGAGAGGUCCUAACUUCUGACAUUUUCUCCGGAAUAAUUGACCAAGUUCAUUUCAAUGACGGCUCUAAUAUGUCAUCAUUAGAAGGUGCCAUCUCCAACAUCUCAGAAGUACACAUUGAGCCAACAAACGAAACGUUACACAGCCAAUCAGAAGACGUGUAUUUCAUGCGAGCUACCGGAAUCUGUUUUAAGAACUUGUUGAUCUUCGGUGAGGACUUCUUCAAUGUGUAUCAGAAAGUCUACUCGGCAUACUUUGCCAUCUGUGCAGUCAUUGUGAUUAUUCUGUAUGUCUUUAUCUACCGCUCGGUCUUACACAGGCGCAGAAAACGCCUUCAUCUGUCAAAUAGUUGCUGUGGUUUCUUGGGACCUAUCCAAGGUAUACAAGGUCCCCAGGUUGAAACGAACGAACAUGAACAGACUGAAUUCACCAUGUUGAACAAUACAGCCAAAGACAAAGACAAGUCACCAACGUCUGCACGUGCUGGUAGGAAAGUGAAAGAGGAAUCGUUUCGACUCGAACCAAGAGAGGCAUGCACAAAGAACGGAGGCAUAGAUUUGAAAGAAGCUAAAGAUGUCACGUCAGAUAGAGCUGACAGGGAGUCACUCGUGCGGCCAACGGGCAUAUCAAGAGCAAAGCUAGAAAAACUGCGAAUGGCCAAUACUAAGACGGCAGUGUGUUUAUCAGUCGUCGCUGUCACAUACAUCGUGGCAUUUCUACCGGCUUGGUUGAUGGCCCUCAGAAUCAUACCAAUGAACCCCAUAGUGUUCUUCAUGUACUUCACCUACAACGUCGCCAAUCCAAUCAUUUACGCCUUUCUGAACCAAAGCUUUAGAAAUCAUUUACAAUCUUUGAUGAAAUGUUAGGCAGAAAUACGGCCGAUUGUUCAGAAGUUUGGUAAAGUUAACAACGAUGUUACCAGCAUCGAUGUUAACGUUUACAGGUGAACUAUUUAAUGAUAUGCUCAUAUGUUUCAAUGAAACAAGCACAGAUUUAAUAGUUGUCUCAAAUGAUGUUAGACAUUUGUAUAUUGAAAUGUGUCUAAUUAACAACGACACUUUUAAAGACGUUGUUAACGUUUACAAACGUCUUAAUAAUCGGCCCUUUGUUUUGUCAUAAGAUGUGUAGCAUUUAUCCUUGUGCAUAUGGAUUAAUUAUUUUUACUCGUUGUAAUUUUGCAUUAAUUGGCACAUGUUUCAAACAUCGCUCGCUUUGAAGUUUAUUUUAAGUUAUAUCUUAUCAU